AGUAGAACGGGAAAAUUGGUUUCCCUGCUGGAUGCGCUUCGCUUUCCGAAGCCAUUUUGGACUCAGUUCAGUUCCGUGGAUGUCAGAAUCGAACCCUGUCCUGCCAUUCUCGCUCUUGCACGGGAAAUGCUUCACACACGAACGGGAUUUGGAUGGAAAUCGCCGGUUAUUUUUGCACCGGAAGGCGCUUCUCUUGGAAUAGCCGCUUUUCCUGAUGGAUUUGUGCAUGUGUUAAAGUUUGAUUAAAGCCCGAUCGGUGGGUGGACAUCAGGCCGACGGUCACUCGCGCUCUUGUGUGUGUUUGUGUGUGUGUGUGCAUAUGUGUGUGUGUGUUUCCCCGAUCGUUUUAAAUGUGUGCAAAGGAGAAAACCCUGAAAAGGAGAACACCCGGGGUGUUUUUGUGUCACUAGAGGAAUAUGUUCGCUUCCUGGCCGACUUUUGCACUUCUUCUGGGAACUUUCAGUGCAGGCCCCAGUCAUGCCGAGGUGGAGACGCACGAGUGUUUGUACUUCAACAUUAACUGGGAGGUGGAGAAGACGAACCGCAGCGGCGUGGAGCGCUGUGAGGGAGACAAGGACAAGCGCUCGCACUGCUACGCCUCGUGGAGGAACAGCUCGGGCAGCAUCCAGCUCGUCAAGAAGGGAUGCUGGUUAGACGACUUCAACUGCUACGACAGACAGGAGUGUGUGGCCACCGAGGAGAAUCCUCAGGUGUUCUUCUGCUGCUGUGAAGGUGACUUCUGUAACGAGAGGUUCACACACCUGCCUGACAUCACUGGACCAGUGCUGGAGUCUCCUCCGUCCGCUCCGCUGCUGCUGAUCGUGUUGGUUUACUCUCUGCUGCCCGUCACGAUGCUCUCCAUGCUGCUGCUGCUGGGCUUCUGGAUGUACCGGCACCGCAAGCCUCCGUACGGACACGUGGACCUCAGCGAGGAUCCGAGUCCGUCUCCUCCGUCUCCGCUGCUGACUCUGAAGCCUCUUCAGCUGCUGGAGGUUAAAGCUCGAGGACGCUUCGGCCAAGUCUGGAGAGCUCAGAUGAUGAAUGAAUGCGUAGCUGUGAAGAUCUUCCCCAUUCAGGACAAGCAGUCGUGGCAGAACGAGCGGGACAUGUUCUCCACGCCGGGCAUGAAGCACGAGAACCUGCUGCGCUACAUCGGAGCCGAGAGACGCGGAGCAAACCUGGAGACGGAGUUCUGGCUCAUCACCGAGUUUCAUGAGCGGGGCUCUCUGACGGAUCAUCUGAAGGGGAACGUGCUGAGCUGGACGGAUCUGUGUCACAUCGCCGAGACCAUGGCCUGUGGUCUGGCGUAUCUUCACGAGGACGUGCCUCGCUCCAAACCAGCCAUCGCUCACAGAGACUUCAAGAGCAGGAACGUGCUGCUGAAGAGCGACCUGAGCGCGGUGCUCGGGGAUCUGGGGCUGGCGGUGCGCUUCGAGCCGGGGACGCCGCCGGGGGACACACACGGUCAGGUCGGGACGCGCAGAUACAUGGCUCCGGAGGUGCUGGAGGGGGCCAUCAACUUCCAGAGGGACUCCUUCCUGAGGAUAGACAUGUACGCCAUGGGCCUGGUGCUGUGGGAGCUGGUGUCUCGCUGCAGAGCUGCUGACGGUCCUGUAGACGAGUACAUGCUGCCGUUUGAGGAGGAGAUCGGCCAGCAUCCGUCUCUGGAGGAUCUUCAGGAUGCGGUGGUUCAUAAGAAGAUGCGGCCGGCGUUUAAGGACUGCUGGCUCAAACAUUCAGGUCUGGCGCAGAUGUGCGAGACGAUCGAGGAGUGCUGGGAUCACGACGCCGAGGCGAGGUUAUCAGCCGGAUGCGUGGAGGAGCGAAUCUCUCAGAUCCGCCGGCUGACGAGCAUCACUACCUCAGACCUGCUUUCUACAGUCACCUCGCUCACAAACGUGGACCUGUCGCCCAAAGAGUCCCGCAUCUGACCCUCGGAGAACCUCAAACCACAUUACAGCCGCUGCUAUCCUAUCCCAACAUGUUUCACUUUAUUAUGAUUAUGAUUGUCAUCGUUGUUUUCUCAUGGGAUCAGUAACUACCAGCACACCUCUCUACUGUAUUUUUAUCAUCCUGAAGACUUUUAAACACACAUUCAGGAGCCGACAAAUGAAUGCUGACCUCCACUUUUCCAGUUCUGCCGAUUCCGUUGAUUUUCCUCGUUUUUCUUCUGGGUUUUUUUGAAGAUCCAACAGUGUUCUGCAAAUCCUGCGAGGAUCAUUUUGACUGUUACACAUGCAACACUUUUUUUUAUCUAUCUCUCUUUCUUUCUGAAAGUGUGCUAUUCAGAAAUACAUAAAACGUGUCUUUUACGGAACUGACGGGUGUUGAAAGACGACUGGACUGAUUCCUUUCUUGCGUUUCGGUUUUAUUGAGUGAUGACUGUGAAGUUGGUUGGUUUUUAUCGAUGGCUGGAAACUCUUGCAUGUGGAAAUCUUUCUCAGGGAUCCAGUAUCAAGUGCUCCAUGACUGCCUUUCCCACGUCAGAGAGAAAUACAGCGGUGCCCUGAUGAAUCUAACACUAAACAUGCAAGACCUGUGUGUGUGUGUGUGUGUGUGUGAUGCUGAGAGUUUACUGAAAAUUGAUAAAAAGACCAUAAAAAGUGUUGAAAUUUUA